CGCGGUUCCUCCCAACGUGGUCCCGGCCGGCGGUCAGCACCAUGGACAGCGGCGCCGUCCCCACGAACGCCAGCAACUGCACUGAUCCCUUCACACACCCUUCGAGUUGCUCCCCAGCACCUAGUCCCAGCUCCUGGGUCAACUUCUCCCACUUAGAAGGCAACCUGUCCGACCCAUGCGGUCCGAACCGCACCGAGCGGGGCGGGAGCGACGUCCUGUGCCCUUCGGCCGGCAGCCCUUCCAUGAUCACGGCCAUCAUCAUCAUGGCCCUCUACUCCAUCGUGUGCGUGGUGGGGCUCUUCGGAAACUUCCUGGUCAUGUAUGUGAUUGUCAGGUUCCAUAGAUUGUACACUAACAUUCUCUCACCCAGCGUGGUACUGGGAAAACCUGCUGAAAAUCUGUGUUUUCAUCUUUGCCUUCAUCAUGCCUAUCCUCAUCAUUACAGUGUGUUAUGGGCUGAUGAUCUUACGCCUCAAGAGUGUCCGCAUGCUCUCUGGCUCCAAAGAAAAGGACAGGAACCUGCGAAGAAUCACCAGGAUGGUGCUGGUGGUGGUGGCCGUGUUCAUUGUCUGCUGGACGCCCAUUCACAUCUACGUCAUCAUUAAAGCCUUGAUCACAAUCCCGGAAACUACUUUCCAGACCGUUUCCUGGCACUUCUGCAUUGCUCUAGGUUAUACCAACAGCUGCCUGAACCCCGUGCUUUAUGCAUUUCUGGAUGAAAAUUUCAAACGAUGCUUCAGA